UGAUUACAUUGUACUUAAAAGAAAAACAACAACAUCAAAGCAUGGAUGAUCAACUUAAAAAGUAUACUGAAGCGUGGCACGGGCUGAAUGGCGAUAAUGAUGACCAUUUUAGGAUUACAUUAGCCGGAGAAAUAUGUCGCAUUCUAGCUGAAAGAGGAGCAUACGAAAAGAUGGAUGCCUUCAUUACUAAGGAAAUUGUGAACACUGACGGCUAUUUUGAUAACGAGAAAUUUGCUAUAAAUGUUAUUAAACUUGCAAUCCAUAAAAAUGAUUUCACCAGAGCCUACAAACUGAUAAAGGAUGGCCGUUUCGCUGGAAAAAGUAGGAUGAUUAGACUGUGGGAUGGCGCACACUACAAAGAAAUAGAACUGCGCACGAAAAGAACACUGACAUCCCUAGACAGGUUCAGAAUAAGGCAGAGGUAUUUGCCACCUGGCAGCAUUCUGCCACAUGGUGUAAGGCCAAAAGUGACCAUUAACAGCAAAUCGAGAAGGGUGCUGAGUAACUGGCUUCAUGAACACGAAAAACAUCCCUUUCCAUCAAAGAAAGAAAUUAGGGAAUUAUACAAACUGUCCAGACUUUCCUCGACACAGGUACGCAACUGGUUUGUAAAUGUACGGCGCUGUAUGAGAAAGCAGGGACGCUUGCCGAAACGCCAACCCAAUGUGCAUGCUAAACAGAUCUGCAGGACUGAAAGGGUAGACAGUUCGACAAUGGAAUAUAAAGACACAGGGUCAGCUGUCUUAUCUCCACACGUAGAUGCUGCCAAGUCUGAUGCCAAUUGUAAUGGAAUCAACAUAGACGUUUCUUAUAACAUAUCCAAGGGUGGUGAUAUUGCAGGCACAUUGGCACCAGUAGAAAAACUUUUGGGGAGUUCUUCAGAGUCAUCCCAGAAACAAGAGGUUUCUCCAGUUGGGAAAAAGAUAGUAGAAAUAGGUUCGUGUGUAGGCGAGGGAAUAUGGCAUGAAGAGAAUCAUCAAAGACCUUUGUUACUCAAACCCGAGCCCAUCACAAGUACAAAAUAUGGGCAUUACAACAUUGAUGAGACUGUUUGCAGGAAUGCUGGGCUUCUUUCAUUGACUCAACAGCUUUCAGGCAAUGACUUUGAGACUCCAUCUUUAUCAGAUUCACCUUUAAUUAUAGGUGCCCCACAAGACGUAACAGAUCCCAUUUGCUUGGGUGCCAACAGUCCUUUGGUGCCUCUGCCAACAUUUUCACAGAAUAUGACCAUGGGCACAAUUUCUUUCUUUGUCCCCAGUGUUAACGAUGUUACAUUGCUAGAUAGAACUGCUCAUGCCAGUGCUGAAUGUUGGCCCUCUCUAUCAACACUCACUUAUUUACCAACUGCAGAAGUUAGCAAUGAUAAUAUCAGCUCAGUGUCUACUCCAAAAUCUUUAGGUACCCCUCCAAAAAACGUCGAACUGUUUAAGCUACAGAUGGUCCAAAACAUUAAUCCCCUGCAGGAUCCGACAGAGAAUUUCUCAUCUAGCUCUUCUGGAAGUUGCCCAGUGCAACAGGUUUUAGGUGCUACAGAUGCAGAAUUGUUAGCAAGCUUUAUACUUCCACCAUUGGCUCCAUCCGACACAGGUGGUUCUCAUGUGUUUAUAAAUGACCCUGGUGAUUCAUCGAGCUCACAGUUAUACUUAGGUGAUCCAAUCUCACAGUUAUCAUCAGGUGGUCCACACUCUCAGUUGUCAUCAGGUGAUCCAUGCUCCCAGUUGUCAUCAAGUGAUCCAUGCUCACAGUUGUCAUCAGGUGGUCCAUGCUCACAGGUGGUCUCAUGUGACCUUGGUUUCCAGUUAGGUUCAUGUGAUCCGGAUUCCCAGAAUUCUCCAUGUACGCCUGGUUCCCAGUUGUCUUUGAAUGAUCAAGAUAUAUAUCAUCCUGCUAGUGCUAGUGGACCCGGGGCACAACUGGACUUUGCUGACAUGACUGUUAACCAAAUUCAGACAGGGAAUUUAAGUUCCCAGUCAUCGUACGGGCACACAGAUUGGCAAAGGAAUUUUUCUCAUCCAUGUUCAGAUUUGAUAUGCCCCCAGUUGCAGUUUCCUGGUGGGACAUCAGUCCAGUUGCCCCAAGGUCGUACAGAAGCAGAAGGAAUUAGCAUCGCUGCUCAACUUCCCUUCAGUGAUGAUGGUGAUCAGAGCUCCACAGGUGGUACACCAUUCCAGUUUCAUUCAAAUGAGAAGGAAGUAAAGUCUAACUGCCUGGGGACCAUAGAGUCAUUGUAUGGAGGAGUGAACUCUACUACACAGGAACUGCAUGACAACUCAAAUGACAAGGACAGCCAUCUUAGAGAGGCUGCUGCCAUGGCACUAAUAGAGCUUCACCAUUCUCCACCUGGCCGAGACAUCCUGAACCGAAAUGUAUUAUUAUAAUACUCGUGAGUCAUGAUUAACAGAUGCAUGUCUUGUAAG